AUGGGGCUGCCACUAGCCCUCCUGGUGGCCCUCUGCCUGACUCUGACCUGGGCCGGGGGCUCAGAGCUCCGGAGAGAAGGCAGGACCCGGAACCACGGCCACAGCGUCUGCAGCACGUGGGGCGACUCCCACUACAAGACCUUCGACGGAGACGUCUUCCGCUUCCCCGGGCUGUGCGACUACAACUUUGCCUCUGACUGCCGGGACGCCUACCGGGAGUUCGCUGUGCACCUGAAACGGGGCCCCGGCCGCAGUGGGGGCCGCCCCCAGGUCGAGUACAUCCUGCUGACCGUCAAGGGUGAUGCCAUCUACCUCACCAGCCAGCUCGCUGUGGUGAACGGCGCCGUCGUCAGCAGCCCGCACUACAGCCCGGGGCUGCUCAUCGAGAAGAGUGAUGCCUACACCAAGGUCUAUUCCCGUGCUGGCCUCACGCUCAUGUGGAACCGGGAGGACUCGGUCAUGCUGGAGCUGGACAGUAAGUUCCGGAACCACACGUGUGGCCUCUGCGGUGACUACAACGGUCUGCAGACCUACUCUGAGUUCCUCUCCGAUGGCGUGCUCUUCAGUCCCAUCGAGUUUGGGAACAUGCAGAAAAUCAACAAGCCUGGGGAGGUGUGCGAUGGCCCCCAGGAGGUGCCGACCCCCGCGUCCUGCUCUGAGCAUCGCGCCGAGUGCGAGAGGCUGCUGACAGACACGGCCUUCGAGGACUGCCGGGAUCUGGUGCCGCUGGAGCUGCACGUGCAGGCCUGCAUGCAGGACCGCUGCCAGUGCCCGCAUGGCACCUCCUGCGUCUGCAGCACCAUCGCCGAGUUCUCCCGCCAGUGUUCGCACGCCGGUGGCAGGCCGCGGAACUGGAGGACCGCCACGCUCUGCCCUAAGAGCUGCCCCAGGACCAUGGUUUACCUGGAGAGCGGCUCGCCCUGCAUGGACACCUGCUCACACCUGGAGGUCAGCAGCCUGUGUGAGGAACAUCGCAUGGACGGCUGUUUCUGCCCAGAAGGCACUGUGUACGAUGACAUCAAGGGUGGUGGCUGCAUCCCUGUGAACCAGUGUCACUGCAAGCUGCACGGACACCUGUACGCGCCUGGCCAACAGAUCACCAACAACUGCGAGCAGUGUGUUUGCAACGCCAGCCGCUGGGUGUGCCAGGACCUGCAGUGCCCCAGGACAUGUGCCCUGGAGGGCGGUGCCCACAUCACCACCUUCGACGAGCGGAAGUACACGUUCCACGGGGACUGCUACUACGUGCUGACCAAGGACACCCACAAUGACUCCUAUGCCGUCCUGGGCGAGCUGACCCCCUGCGGCUCCACCGACAAGCAGACUUGCCUGAAGACGGUGGUGCUACUGGCUGACAACAAGAAGAACGUGGUGGCCUUCAAGUUGGACGGCAGCGUCCUGCUNNCCUCCACGGCCCUUCACCUCCCCUGCCUUGCAGCGAGCUUCUCCAUCUUUCAACCGUCCUCCCACCACAUCGUUGUGACCACCACCUUCGGCCUCAGGCUCCAGGUCCAGCUGGUGCCGGUCAUGCAGCUCUUCCUGACGCUGGACCAUGCCGCCCAGGGGCUGGUGCAGGGCCUCUGUGGGAACUUCAACGGCCUUGAAGGUGACGACUUCAAGACGGCCGGUGGGCUGGUGGAGGCCACGGGCGCCGGCUUCGCCAACACCUGGAAGGCCCAGUCGAGCUGCCACGACAAGCUGGACUGGCUGGAUGACCCCUGCUCCCUCAACAUCGAGAGCGCCAACUAUGCUGAGCAUUGGUGCUCCCUGCUGCAGAAGACAGAGACCCCGUUCAGCAAGUGCCACUCUGCCGUGGACCCAGCGGAGUAUUACAAGAGGUGCAAAUACGACACAUGCAACUGCCAGAGCACGGAGGACUGCAUGUGCGCGGCCCUGUCCUCCUACGCCCGCGCCUGCGCCAUCAAGGGCGUCAUGCUGUGGGGCUGGCGGGAGCGCGUCUGCAACAAGGACGUGGGCUCCUGCCCCAGGUCGCAGGUCUUCCUGUACAACCUGACCACCUGCCAGCCGACCUGCCGCUCGCUGUCUGAACCUGACACCCACUGUGUCAAGGGCUUCGCGCCCGUGGAUGGCUGUGGCUGCCCCGACCACACCUUUCUGGAUGAGAAGGGCCGCUGCGUGGCCCUGGCCAAGUGUUCCUGCUACCACCGUGGCCUCUACCUGGAGGCGGGGGAGGCCAUCCUGAAGCAGGAGGAGAGAUGCGUUUGCCGGAACGGGAGGCUGCACUGUCUGCAGGUCAAGCUGCUCGGCCAGCGCUGUAUGGCCCCGAAGAUCCACGUCGACUGCAACAACAUGACGGCGCUGACCACCCGGAACCCCAGGCGCGUCAGCUGCCAGACGCUGGCUGCCGGCUACUACCAGACGGAGUGCAUCAGUGGCUGCGUGUGCCCCGAGGGGCUGAUUGACGAUGGCCGGGGUGGCUGCGUGGUGGAGGAGGCGUGCCCGUGUGUGCACAACAAGGACCUGUACUACCCCGGGGACAAGAUCAGGGUGGACUGCAACACCUGCACCUGCCAGAAAGGGCGCUGGGCAUGUACCCAGUCCAUGUGCCACGGCACCUGUGCCAUCUAUGGGAACAGCCACUACAUCACCUUCGAUGGAAAGUACUAUGACUUUGAUGGACACUGCUCCUACGUGGCUGUUCAGGACUACUGUGGCCAGAACUCAUCACUGGGCUCCUUCAGCGUCAUCACUGAGAAGGUCCCCUGUGGCACCACGGGCGUCACCUGCUCCAAGGCCAUCAAGAUCUUCCUGGGGAGGACAGAGCUAAAGCUGGAGGACAAACACCGCAUGGUGAUACAGCGUGACGUGGGCCACCAUGUGGCCUACACCACGCGGGAAGUGGGCCAGUACCUGGUGGUGGAGGCCAGCGUCGGCAUCGUCGUCAUCUGGGACAAGAGGACCACCGUCUUCAUCAAGCUCGCCCCCUCCUACAAGGGCACUGUGUGUGGCCUGUGUGGGAACUUUGACCAGCGAUCCAGCAAUGACUUCACCACGCGGGACCACAUGGUUGUGGAGAGUGAGUUGGACUUCGGGAACAGCUGGAAGGAGGCCCCCACCUGUCCGGACGUGAGCGCCAACCCCGAGCCGUGCGCCCUGAGGCCACACCGCCGCUCCUGGGCCGAGAAACAGUGCAGCGUCAUCAAGGGCCCGGCCUUCGGGGUCUGCCACAGCAAGGUGGACCCCAAGCCCUUCUAUGAGGCCUGCGUCCACGACUCGUGCUCCUGUGACACAGGCGGGGACUGUGAGUGUUUCUGCUCUGCUGUGGCCGCCUACGCCCAGGAGUGCACCAAGGAGGGGGCCUGCGUGUUCUGGAGGACGCCCGAGCUGUGCCCCAUAUUCUGUGACUACUACAACCCCCCGAACGAGUGUCAGUGGCACUACGAACCCUGCGGGAACCGCAGCUUCGAGACGUGCAGGACGAUCAGUGGUGUUCACUCCAACAUCUCCUUGUCCCACCUGGAGGGCUGCUACCCCCGGUGCCCUAAGGAAAGUCCCAUCUACGACGAGGACCUGAAGGAGUGUGUCGCGCGGGACAAAUGUGGUUGCUACAGCAACGACACCCACUACUCACCUGGAGAGGCUGUGCCCACAGAGAAGAUCUGCCACUCUUGUGUGUGUAACAACUCCUCGCAAGUUGUCUGCCAGCCAGAAAAAGGGAAGAUUCUCACCACUAAGCAGGACGGCCCCUUCUGCUACUGGGAGAUCUGUGGCCCCGACGGGACGGUGGAGAAACACUUCGGCAUGUGUGAGGACACCUCACCAACCUCGUCCCCCUCAACACCCGCCACCACCACCUCUGUCUCCCCCAUCACCCCCUCCACCACCACGAGCACCACUCUGACUGCCAGUACAGUGUCAUCUCCCCCUUCAACAACUCAGAGGCUAUGCUGCUUCUGGUCCGACUGGAUCAACGAUGACCAUCCCGGAAUCGGCAGUGAUGGUGGAGACCAAGAGACAUUCAACCGUGUCUGCAGGGCCCCCAGGGAUAUCGAGUGCAGGGUGGCCAUAGAGCCGUACCUCAGCUGGGAGGAGCUGGGCCAGGAGGCUCAGUGCAAUGUCUCCUACGGGUUCAUCUGCAAGAACGAAGACCAGUUUGGAAAAGGACCUUUUGAAGUCUGCUAUGACUACGAGAUACGAGUCUAUUGCUGCCUGCUGACGGAUGAGUGUCCCACGUCCCCGACCACGACGCCCACUGGGACUCCAACUCCGGCCCCAACCACAACCACAACAGAGAUUCCAACUUCGACCACGGCAGAGACCCCAACCACAACACCCACCACCACCACAACCACAACAGAGACUCCACCUCCGACCACUACAGAGACCCCCAUCACAACACCCACCACCACGUCAACUGGGACUCCAACUGCGACCGCCAGCACAACCACAACAGAGAUUCCAACUCCAACCACUACAGAGACCCCCAUCACAACACCCACCACCACCACUUCCACUGGGACUCCAACUCCGACCCCCACCACAACCACAACAGAGACUCCAACACCGACCACUACAGAGACCCCAAUCACAACACCCACCACCACGUCAACUGGGACUCCAACUGCGACCGCCAGCACAACCACAACAGAGAUUCCAACUCCAACCACUACAGAGACCCCCAUCACAACACCCACCACCACGUCAACUGGGACUCCAAUUACGACCCCCACCACAACCACAAUAGGGACUUCAACACCAACCACUACAGAGACCCCAACCACAACACCCACCACCACGUCAACUGGGACUCCAACUGAGACCGCCAGCACAACCACAACAGAGACUCCAACUCCGACAACAGCAGAGAUCACAAUCUCAACACCCACCACCACUUCCACUGGGACUCCAACUCCGACCCCCACCACAACCACAACAGAGAUUCCAACGCCGACCAUGACUCCAACGCCAACCACUACAGAGACCCCAACCACAACACCCACCACCACGUCAACUGGGACUCCAACUGCGACCGCCAGCACAACCACAACAGAGACUCCAACUCCAACCACUACAGAGACCCCCAUCACAACACCCACCACCACCUCAACUGGGACUCCAACUACGACCCCCACCACAACCACAAUAGGGACUCCAACACCAACCACUACAGAGACCCCAACCACAACACCCACCACCACGUCAACUGGGACUCCAACUGAGACCGCCAGCACAACCACAACAGAGACUCCAACUCCGACCAUGGCAGAGACCACAAUCACAACACCCACCACCACUUCCACUGGGACUCCAACUCCGGCCCCCACCACAGCCACAAUAGGGACUGCAACGCCAACCACUACAGAGACCCCAACCACGACCCCCACCACCACGUCAACUGGGACUCCAACUGAGACUGCCAGCACAACCACAACAGAGACUCCAACUCCGACAACAGCAGAGAUCACAAUCUCAACACCCACCACCACUUCCACUGGGACUCCAACUCCGACCCCCACCACAACCACAACAGAGAUUCCAACUCCGACCACGGCGGAGACCACAAUCACAACACCCACCAGCACUUCCACUGGGACUCCAACUCCGACCGCCAGCACAACCACAAGAGAGACUACAACCACUACAGAGACCCCAAGCACAACACCCAGCACCACUUCAGCUGGGACUCCGCACAACAUCCAGCACCACUUCAGCUGGGACUCCAACUCUGACACACAGCACAACCACAACAGAGACUCCAACUCCAACCACGGCAGAGACCACAAUCACAACACCCACCACCACUUCCCCUGGGACACCAACUGCGACACACAGCACACCCACAACAGAGAUUCCAACUCCGACCACGGCAGAGACCACAAUUACAACACCCACAACCACUUCCACUGGGACUCCAACUCCGACACACAGCACACCCACAACAGAGAUUCCAACUCCGACCACGGCAGAGACCACAAUCACAACACCCACCACCACUUCCCCUGGGACACCAACUCCGGCCCCCACCACAACCACAAUAGUGACUCCAACGCCAACCACUACAGAGACCCCAACCACAACACCCACCACCACGUCAACUGGGACUCCAACUGCGGCCGCCAACACACCCACAACAGAGACUCCAACUUCAACCACGGCAGAGACCAAAAUCACAACACCCACCACCACUUCCACUGGGACUCCAACUCCGACCGCCAGCACAACCACAACAGAGACUCCAACUCCAACCACGGCAGAGACCACAAUCACAACACCCACCAGCACUUCCACUGGGACUCCAACUCCGACUGCCAGCACAACCACAACAGAGACUACAACCACUACGGAGACCCCAAGCACAACACCCAGCACAACUUCAGCUGGUACUCCAACUCCGACACACAGCACAACCACAACAGAGAUUCCAACUCUGACCACGGCAGAGACCAAAAUUACAACACCCACAACCACUUCCACUGGGACUCCAACUCUGGCACACGGCACAACCACAACAGAGAUUCCAACUCCGACCACGGCAGAGACCACAAUCACAACACCCACCACCACUUCCACUGGGACUCCAACUGCGACACACAGCAUACCCACAACAGAGAUUCCAACUCCGACCACGGCAGAGACCACAAUCACAACACCCACCAGCACUUCCACUGGGACUCCAACUCCGACCGCCACCACCACAGAGACAUUCCCCACCACUAUCACAACCACAGAGACCCCAACACCAAUAACCACCACCACAGUGACCUCAGCACCACCACUGACCACCACCUCCACAUCCACCUAUCCCUCCUCCACGGAAUCUACCACGCUUGUGAUCACCAUCCCAACAAUUGUGGAGACAUACAGCACACCACAGACCCCAGCGUCGACAGAAUCAGCCAUCACUACAACAGGAGGAACCACGCCCUCUCCACCUACACCUGGCACCACCCCUCCAGGCUCGCCAACCUCGGGUCCCACCUCCUCGAAGACCGCUCCCACCCAUGGAACCACGACUGGGCCCCCUUCAUCCACCACAGGCCCCCCUUCCACGCCCACACCCACUCCUGCGACUGUGUCAACGACUUCCACGGGAACUUCCACACCAAUAGGACACUCAUCGACUAUGCCACCCAUGCCACAGACCACCAGCACCUUGACCUCCAGUGUGACUACCCCCACGUCACCACCGUCCACGAGAAGAUAUGCUGCUAUUUCAAUGACACAUACUAUGCCCCAGGUGAGCUGGUGUACAACAGCACACAUGGGGACACCUGCUAUUACGUGAAUUGCUCGCUGACCUGCACCCUCGAGAUCUUCAACUGGUCCUGCCCAUCCACACCCACCACCCAGCCAUCCAUGACAUCCAGUGUGCUGCCCACCACCAAGCCCCCUGCGUGCCUGGACUUCGAUCCUCCCAGACAGGAGAACGAGACCUGGUGGCUGUGUAACUGCACCAUGGCCAUCUGCAAGUACAACAACACCGUGGAGCUUGUGGAGGUGAAGUGCGACCCCCCACCCAUGCCCACCUGCUCCAACGGCCUCAUGCCUGUGCGCGUCGAGGACCCCGACAAGUGCUGCUGGCACUGGGAGUGUGACUGCUACUGCACGGGCUGGGGGGACCAGCACUACGUCACCUUCGAUGGGCUCUACUACAGCUACAAGGGCAACUGCACGUACGUGCUGGUGGAGGAGGUCACCCCCACCGUGGACAACUUCGGGGUCUACAUCGAGAGCCAGCACUGUGACAUCAACAGCCAAGUGUCCUGCCCCCGCACGCUCAUCGUGCGCCAUGAGACCCAGGAGGUGCUGAUCAAGACCGUGCACACGAUGCCCAUGAGGGUGCAGGUGCAGGUCAACGGGCAGACCGUGGCGCUGCCCUAUAAGAAGUAUGGGCUGCAGGUGUACCAGUCAGGCAUCCGCUGCAUGGUGGACAUCCCUGAGCUGGGUGCCCUCAUCUCCUACAACAGUCUUUCUUUCUCCAUCCGGCUGCCCUACCACCGGUUCGGCAACAACACGAAGGGCCAGUGUGGCACGUGCACCAACAACACCUCGGAUGACUGCACGCUGCCCGGCGGGGAGGUCGUCGCCAACUGCAAGGUCGCGGCUGGCCACUGGGUGGUGAAUGACCCCUCGGAGCCGCAGUGUCCCCACAGGGGCUUCACCACCGAGCGCCCGGCCGCCUGGCCGUCGGUGGGCAGCAGCACAACCACCGGGACGGGCUCUCCGUCUCCGCUCUGUGAGCUCAUCAAGGACAGCUUGUUUGCCCCGUGCCACACUGUGGCGUCCCCCAAGCACUACUACGAAGCCUGCAUAUUCGACAGCUUCACCGUGCCCGACUCAAGCCUGGAGUGUGCCAGCCUGCAGACCUACGCAGCCCUCUGUGCCCAGGAGGGCAUCUGCGUCAACUGGCGGAACCACACCGGCGGGGCCUGCCUGGUGACGUGCCCGGCGCACCGCGAGUACCAGGCCUGUGGUCCCGUGGAGGAGCCCACCUGCAAGUCCAGCCCCACCCAAGCAAACAGCCCACACCUGGCGGAAGGCUGCUUCUGUCCCAAGGGCACCACCAGCUACGCGCCCGGCUUCGACGUCUGCGUGGACCUGUGCGGCUGCGUGGGGCCCGACAACGUGCCCAGAGAGUUUGGGGAGCACUUUGAGUUCGACUGCAAGGACUGCAUCUGCCUGGAGGGGGGCAGCGGCAUCAUCUGCAGGCCCAAGACAUGCCACCCCAGGACCCACGUGGAGUGCAAGGAGGACGGCACCUACACUGUCACAGAGGUCGACCCCGCCAACACCUGCUGCAACAUCACCUCCUGCAAAUGCAACACCAGCCUGUGCAACAAGAAGCCCCCCCUGUGCCUGCUGGGGUUCGAGGUGAAGAGCGAGAUGGUCCCUGGGAGGUGCUGCCCCUCCUACUCGUGUGUGCCCAAGGGCGUGUGUGUCCUCCAGAACGCCGAGUACCAGCCCGGUUCUCCAGUCUUCCCCUCCAAGUGCCAGAACUGCACAUGCACCAAACGCAGGGACAACGCCACGCAGCUCAACAUCAUCUCCUGCACCCACGUGCCUUGCGACACCUCCUGCAGCCGCGGCUUUGAGCUGGUGGACGCCCCCGGCGAGUGCUGCAAGAAGUGCCAGCAGACCCAGUGCAUCAUCAUCAACCGGCCCGGCAGCCAGAGCCUGGUCCUGAAGCCCGGGGACGUGAAGAGAGACCCCCUGAACAACUGUACUUUCUUCAGCUGCCUGGAGAUAAAUGGCCAGUUCAUCUCCUCUGUCUCCAAAAUCACCUGCCCCGACUUUGACCCCAGCACCUGUCUCCCGGGCUCCAUCACACUCACGCCCAAUGGCUGCUGCAGGAAGUGCCUCCCUCGCAAUGAGACCAGCGUCCCCUGCUCCACUGUCCCUGUCGUCAGGGAAAUUUCGCACAACGGCUGCACCAAGUGGGUCACCAUGAACGACUGCUCCGGGUCCUGUGGGACCUUCGCCAUGUACUCGGCCGAGGCCCAGUCCCUGGACCACAGGUGCUCCUGUUGUAAGGAGCAGCGCACCAGCCAGCGGGAGGUGAUGCUGCAGUGCCCGGGUGGGAGCUGGCUCCGCCACACCUACACCCACAUCGACAGCUGUCUGUGCCAGGACACCAUGUGCGAGCCGGCCCCCUGGCGCAGGGCCCGGCGCUCUGGCCCCAGGGACCCGGGUCUGGGGCGGGGGUCAGGACACCCCAGCACAGCAGUACCACCCUGGAUCCUGGGCUCCUGGUUACUUCAGGAGCUCACACUGCCCCUGGCCCAGCCCGUGGACUCCUCGGUGGUCGGCUCUCAGCUGUUCCUCUGUCCCGCCUGGGCCAUGAAGGCUAUGAGCUCCGUUCGCUCGGUGUGUGGCCUGUUGCCUGGACCUGGACCUGAGCCCCAGGCCCGGCAGCUCCAGCCCCGGCUGCGGGACCUGGAAAGGCGGCGGAGCCAAGACCCCUGCCUGGGGCCCGGGAGGGAUGGGGUCUCCCAGGCACCCUGCAGGAUCACAGGUCGUCAACCCUGGUACAACUUCUCGGGCUCUGUGGGGCUCCACCGCACUGCCUGGGCUGCCCUCUACCGCUUCUGCUUGAGGAUGGGGCCCCACACGGAGAACUUGCAGGGCGAACUCCACAAAGUGGGCCCCGGGUGCUCGCUACUUAGUGUCAGCUUUCAGGACACUUCCUGCGAACGACGCCUGGACGGGGGUCUCGGGGGAGGCAUCCUGCCGACUGGGACACUGCAGCCAGCCUCUGACUCCGACCUCAUGGCCCAGGAGCCUGCUGAGAGCUGA